UUCAGCAGUGUCCGUAAUGCUGCUUACCUUUGAAAAAUUGAGACUAGCGAUACUACAAAAAGAAAUUGUGGAUAGACUUGACGGAGAAUCUCACUUACCACUCCAUACAAAUUCACAACUUCCUUUUCGUUAUUGCGCCGUGCGCCGCUGGCGCCACGUAGAUUUCCUUGUAAUUUCUGCCACCAAGUGACGCUAGAAGCGCGCAGCUGCCUAACCUAACCUAACCUCAAAGUCGCGGUGACGUAUGCGAGACGCGGUGCGACGUGCGACAGUGACGGGUGAAUUAGCGUAGGUACUGACUGGUUUGAUUUUCGCCUGGUCACCGCGUCGAACGCAUAAACAAUUUUUCAUUUUUCGACUGUUAACGUUGCUUCUUAUACGUUUUCUCUGAAAGAUGAGUUCUAUAGGCACAGGAUAUGACUUGUCCGCCUCGCAAUUUUCGCCGGACGGACGUGUAUUUCAAGUGGAAUACGCGCAUAAAGCCGUAGAAAAUGGAGGGACAGUUAUUGGUUUACGAGGGAAGGAUGGCGUAGUAUUUGCUAUCGAAAAGAUAGUAACAUCGAAGCUCUAUGAACCAGGUGCUAAUAAACGAAUAUUUAACAUAGAUGAACACGUUGGUAUGGCAGUCUCUGGUAUAAUAUCGGAUGCGAGACAGAUCGCAGAGACUGCGAGAUCAGAGGCUGCUAGUUACAGGUCCCAAUACGGAGUCGGUAUUCCAUUAAAGUAUUUAAACGAAAGAGUUUCUAUGUAUAUGCAUGCAUAUACCUUGUAUUCUGCUGUACGUCCAUAUGGUUGCUCUGUUCUGCUCAGCGCUUAUGAGACAGAUGGUCCAAUAUUAUAUAUGAUUGAUCCAUCGGGAGUAUCAUAUGGUUAUUAUGGCUGUGCAGUAGGUAAAGCAAAACAGUCAGCUAAGACAGAAAUUGAAAAAUUGAAAUUAUCAGAAAUGACUUGUAAAGAUUUAGUUAAAGAAGCUGCUCGUAUUAUCUACCUUGUUCAUGAUGAACUUAAAGAUAAACAAUUCGAAUUGGAAAUGAGUUGGGUUGGUGCACAUACUAAAGGAAUUCAUCAACGUGUGCCGGCAGAUUUAAAAGCUGAAGCCGAAACAAAGGCACGACAGGCAAUGGCAGAAGAUUCGGACAGUGAUACAGAGGAUAUGUAAAAUGAUAUAUAAAUACUGCCGUGAAAAUUCUUUAUAUUGUAAGCGAUAAUAUUAAAUAUAACCUUAAUAACACACUAAAGACCUGUGACUUCUUUUGAUCUUAUUAUA